GGCAUGGUGAGCCCGGGGCGGCCGCUCCCCGCCGGGACCCGGCGGGCGGCCUCGCUGCUCCGCCCCAGCCUCCUCCUGCUGCUGCUGCCGUUGCUGCUGCGGAGCACCGAGGCGCAGAAAGGUGAUGGGUGUGGACACACUGUGCUGGGCCCUGAGAGCGGGACCCUGGCCUCCAUAAACUACCCGCGGACCUCUCCCAAUAGCACGGUUUGCGAGUGGGAAAUCCGUGUGAAGCCUGGCCAGCGAGUUCAGCUCAAGUUUGGCGAUUUCGAUAUUGAUGACUCCGAUUCCUGUCACUCCAGUUACCUGAGAGUUCAUAAUGGCAUUGGCCCCAACAGGACAGAGAUAGGAAAAUACUGUGGGUUUGGCUUUCAAAUGGAUGGUUUAAUUACUUCAAAAAGUAAUGAAGUCACAGUACAGUUCAUGAGUGGAAUUCACACUUCUGGACGUGGAUUUCUUGCAUCUUAUUCAACUACUGACAAAUCAGACUUAAUUACCUGUUUAGACAAUGCAAGUCACUUUUCCGAACCAGAAUUCAAUAAGUAUUGUCCAGCUGGAUGUGUGAUUCCUUUUGCUGAUAUUUCAGGCACUAUUCCUCAUGGAUACAGAGAUUCAUCAUCACUUUGUAUGGCUGGUGUUCACGCAGGCGUCGUGUCAAAUACUCUGGGUGGUCAAAUUAAUGUUGUAAUCAGCAAGGGCAUCCCAUACUAUGAAGGCUCCUUGGCUAACAAUGUCACCUCAAAAGUGGGACCCUUAUCUACAAGUCUCUUCACCUUUAAGACGAGCGGUUGCUAUGGCACACUGGGGAUGGAAUCUGGGGUGAUUCCUGAUUCCCACAUCACAUCAUCAUCUAUUCUUGAGUGGCCUAACCAAACAGGACAAGUAAACAUUUGGAAACCUGAAAAUGCCAGACUAAAAAGGAUUGGGCCUCCCUGGGCUGCUUUUAUCAAUGAUGAACAUCAGUGGUUGCAGAUCGACUUGAAUAAAGAAAAGAAGAUAACAGGAAUUAUAACUACUGGAUCAACUUUAGCAGAGCACUACUAUUAUGUCUCAGCCUACAGAAUUUUAUACAGUGAUGAUGCACAGAAGUGGACAGUGUACAGAGAACCUGGCAUGGGUAAAGAUAAGAUAUUUCAAGGGAAUACUGAAUUGUACCAGGAAGUUCGCAAUAAUUUCAUUCCACCCAUUGUUGCACGGUUUUUUAGGAUUAACCCCUUAAAAUGGCACCAGAAAAUUGCAAUGAAAGUAGAGUUGCUAGGAUGUCAGUUUAGUAUAGGUCGUGCUCCUAAAAUCACCUUGCCAUCACCACCUCAGAACAAGAAUGAUGAGAAGAAUGCUGACUUCAUGGAUGACUUCAUUCAUUCAGUGAAGACUUCACUGCAGACAGAUAAAACAACUUUCACACCUGAAAUAAAAAACACUACAGUGACUCCAAGUGUAACCAAAGAUGUGGCAUUGGCAGCAGUUCUGGUUCCAGUGCUGGUGAUGGUCUUCACUACUCUGAUUCUUAUCUUAGUUUGUGCGUGGCAUUGGAGAAACCGCAAGAAAAAAACUGAGGGCACAUAUGAUCUACCUUACUGGGAUCGUGCAGGAUGGUGGAAAGGGAUGAAGCAGUUUUUCCCAACCAAAUCAGCAGAACAUGAAGAAACUCCUGUACGCUACAGCAGCAGUGAAAUCAGUCACCUAAGAUCAAGAGAAGUCCCAACAAUGUUGCAAACAGAGUCUGCAGAAUAUGCUCAGCCCCUGGUAGGGGGAAUCGUGGGCACGCUUCACCAGAGAUCAACCUUCAAACCAGAGGAAGGAAAAGAAGCCAGUUACGCUGACUUGGACCCUUACAAUUCCCCCAUCCAAGAAGUUUACCACGCCUACGCUGAGCCGCUGCCUGUAACCGGACCCGAGUACGCGACUCCGAUCAUCAUGGACAUGUCCAGCCAUCCCAGCACACCUCUUGGCGCUCCUUCCAUUUCCACCUUCAAAGCUGCAGGGAAUCAAGCUCCUCCACUGGUCGGAACGUGCAAUAAACUGUUAUCCAGGACAGACAGUGCAUCCUCAGCACAGGCACUGUACGAUAUACCAAAGGGGCAGCCGGCGCCGGGCAGUGCCGACCAACUCGUGUACCAGGUGCCACAGAGCCUGGCCCAUCCCACUGUGAGUAAGGAUGAACAAAGUUAGCUCAUGGGUAAGGCAGAAUGAGGGCUCGUUUCUAAAAGCCAGUUCCAUAAAGCUCACGGUUUCACUUUUUAAAUUCCAUUGUUUUGGUGUCGUUAGUCUUAAAUAAUACAACGUUGAACCAAAAGAUGUGGUAUGGGAGGUCUGGGAAAACAGUGAUUCUGCUUUUCCUUAGCUGUGUGUACAAUGAACAGCUUGUCUCCUGCAAAACCUUGGACUUGUUUAUUACUACUGUACAAUUGUCUGUCAGACACGAGAGAAGAACUCGUCAUGAUUAGCUCCAGUAAUUCAUAGAUGUGAGUGGUAAAUUAGGAGAAACAGUUUAAGUACAAAAGCCUGUUAUUUCUUCCUAAUGGUACUAUUUCUGGGGGAAAAAAAAACCCCACCUUAAUACCCAAAGCUCUUAAUUUCUGUGCAAGCACUACAGCUUCUAAAAUUCCUCUUCUCUUUGUAAAAUGUCUGCACAACUUUGGACGUAACAAUCUGCUAUCAUGGCAAAAAUCCCUUCAGCUUCAUGGCAUAAAAUAUUUUGAUUCUGAAUUACAUUAUUUCAGCUUUUGUUAACAGAAUUGGGACUUCUCAGCUGUGUGUGCCUCAGAAGGUUCCUGCUUUGUUGGUUAGGUUAGCCUUCCAGAACUAGAAGCUGCUGUCUGUACAAUCUCUUUUCUGCCUCUUCUCCUUAUGCCACUCAGUCUCAUUCCUUCCUAGGGAGCCAGGAGGCACAGAUUGACACAAGCAAACUACCUGGCAACUGCUUUUACAUUUUUCCCUAUGCUGUGAGGGCCACUUGAAUAGCACCUGCCUCCAAGUCAUACCUCCCUGAUGCUCAGUGCACGAAGCACCCAGGUCUUGGAGGUGACUUGAAUUGAGAAAGGCCCUGCCCUCCCCCAGAGUGUCCAUUAUUCUGUGUUCAGGUGUGAGCUUAUACAAAAAAAAGAUCUGUACAUACUUUUGUGAGUGCUUAAGGAAGCACACAAAUAUUCUAAUGGUGCACAGUUUGUGUUAGACAUGCAUUUAGCACAUACGGUACGUUUUAGCACAACUGCCAAAUUUAGCCUUAGGGCUUUUUUUAAUGAUUGUUCUUAUUAGAAGCAUGAAAGAUUUCAAAACCUUUGCAAAAGAACCAGUACCAUUCCAAAGAGUGUCCAUUUCAGAUGUAUUUAUUGGAAUUUGUAUCCUUUGAAUGUUCCAGUGUUCUGUACUAUGAAAACGUUGCAGUCGGUCAUUUACUAGGGUAAUGUAGACUCAUUGUAGCUACGUAAUCACAAAACAAAACCAGUCUGAGUGGUGUAUUUUCCAUUUUUUAUCUUGUUAAAAAAAAGCACAGUUUUCUUACCUAAGUAGGAGAGAACCCCACUAUAAAAAUACUGUAUUUUUAUUCUAACAGCAUUAUUGGAAGGAUGCUGAAUCAAUUCCUUCAUGUGGGACCCCCUGGCUGCACAGUAGCCCAGUUUUAUGGACUUCAGGGGUUACUGUUUGUUUGUGAUGCAAUUCAAAGCCUUGUUUACAGCCCAGGUCCUUAAACGCUGUGGACAACGUCUGAAUGGAAGCCACAGUGCUGUUCAAGAGCUGCCACCAUGUCUUAAUAGCAGUACAGUGUCCUCACUCACCACUUCAGAAUCUGUUUGCAGAGGGGCUGUGUAUCAACUCUGGAGUCAGACAUCACUCGUGGCCUGUUCAGCAUCUAAAAUACGAUACUAUGUAGAAUCAUAGAAUGGCUGGUGUUGGAAGGGACCUUACUUGCAACCCCCUGCCAAGGGCAGGGACACCUCCCCCUAGAUCAGCUUGCUUAGAGCUCCAUUGAACCUGGCCUUGAACACUUCCAGGGAUGGUGUAUCCAUAAUUUCUUUGAACAACCUGUUCCAGUGUCUCACCAUCCUCACAGUAAAGAAUUUCUUCCCAGUCUGUAACCUAAGCUUCCCCUCUUUCAGUCUGUACCCUUUACUCCUUGUCCUGUCACUGCAGUUCCUGACAAGGAGUGCCUGUCUGGCUUCCCUUGGGGCCCCUUCAGAUACUGGAAGUUUGUAAUGGGGUUUCCACACAACCUCCUCUUCUCCAGGCUGAAGAGCCCCAACCUUCUCAGCCUGUCUCCACAGGGAAGGUGUUCCUGUCCUCUUGCCAACCUCGUGCCCUCCUCUGGACUUGCUCCAACAGAUCCAUGUCCUUCUUCUGUUGGGGGCACCAGAGCUGGGUGCAGCACUCCAGGUAGGGUCUCACCUGAGCAGAGGAGAAUCCCUCACCCUUCUGGCCACACUGCUUUUGAUGCAGCCCAGGAUCCCAUUGGCUUCCUGGGCUGUGAGAGCACAUUGCUGGCUCAUGUUGAGUUUUUCAUCAGCCAGCACCCCCCAGUCCUUCUCUGCAGGGCUGCUCUCUGUCACUUCUCUGCCCAAGCUGUCUGUGAGCCUGGGAUUGCCCUGACCCAGGUGUAGGACAACACCUUGCUCAACUCCACGAGGUGCCAGCUCUCAGGGCUGGCAUCUGCAUGGCAUCCCUUCCCUCCAGCGUGAUGGCACCUCACAGCUCGGUGCUGGGGGCAAAUUCACUGAGGGUGUGCUCAGUCCGUGUCCCUGUCACCAACAGAGAUGCUGAACAUUCUCUGUGCUACCUUAAAGCCCAGUUCUGCAAUUUCUGAUCAUUCAUUCUCAUUCAUUGAGAAUGACAUUUUUUAAUUACUUGUUUUAGAGCUAGGUGUCUUAAGCCUAAAUGUGAAUGUAAGGAUGGUAAAUAAGACCCAUUUGUGAACAGCAAAUUCCUGCCUGCAAUUGUGCUUUUGAUGUUGUUAUGUAAUUGCAACUUUUUCUGCCUGACAAGAGUACUCUGCAAUCUUUGUAGUUUUGCUUAAACAGGUAAGUAACUGUUCUUAGCUAUCAGCAGCAACUGUGACUGAAAUUAUCUGAGCUGAUUUUAUUUCAAGGAGUGGGAAGUUGUUAGUUCCCAUUAAGAUGUGAUGCUACAGCUACAGCCAAGUUAAGAAUCCUCUCCAUUCUCAACCUGUACCAGUUUAGGCUUAGAAAAAUUAAUCUACCAUAAAAAUAAAUGGAUGUGUCCAAGCCAGUAUAAAUAACACACCUGGAUUUCAUUUUUACCACAGACCAGGAAUGGUAGAACUGUGGAUAGCUGAAGGCUAAGGUGGUGUAAGAAUUAAGAAGUUUCUCUACAGUGGGUUAUUUUUUUUUAGCAAACAUAAUGCAACUUCAUUAUCUGAGGAGCAUGAGGUGUUAACGAAAUGGAUGUUUUUAAAAUUUAAAUUCCUUUUUGGAAGGAAUUUGGUCUCAGGCUUUGCUCCUGCUUCAGACUUUGGACAUGUUAUCUGCUAGGGCUAAGAUACAUUUGAACAUGUAACAGUUGGGUUUAAUUGCAUGACACACAAAGACUAGAACUUGCCUGCGAACAAUAAAGCAAAGGUACAUUUCAUGGGUCUCUCAUAUAUGAAGACAUGUAUAUAAAAUGUAUUUCAAUCUUGUUUGGCUUGAGUAUUCUCCCAGAAUGUAUGUUCUUACCUCAGCAUGUAUUGUAGUUGCUCAGUAUUUGUAUAUGUUGCUAGGACUUAGACUGUAUAAAUAGUGAGGGGGUUUUAUAUGUUAAAAAGUAUUUUAAAUAAAUUGUACAUACGUAUUACUCAGUA